GCGGUUGAACAGUCACAUUUCCGAAACAAGAGCGAAUACUGCUGGAUGACAGAGCCGCACACUCACAACACACACAGAAGAAAAGCACUUGCAGUGGUGCUUGCUAUUUGAAAUAGUACAGCCACUGACAAGGUGAUACCUGACUGAAGUCCUGGCUGGAGUUCAAGACAGAAGGAUAGUUUGUAAGAGGAGGGUUGACUCCUGUGCGACAAUGCUGAAAUCAUUCAACCUCUUAAAGCAGUUAGGAUCUGUGGGGAAAUCACAGGAUGCCACUAACCUUCUCACAGAGGAUCUGGUUAUGGUGGAGCAGCGGGUGGAGCCAGCCAAGAAGGCAGCGCAGGUUAUUCACAAGAAGCUGCUUGGCUGUCUGCAGAGUCAACUCGGGCUGGACACAGAGAGACGAAUGAAAAAACUCCCUCUCAUGCUGCUCUCUGUUAGCAUGGCUGAGAGCUUUAAAGACUUUGAUGCAGACUCUUCUAUCAGGAAAGUGUUGGAGAUGUGUUGCUUCAUGGAGAACCAUCUGGCCAAAAUGCUGGCUGAAUUUGAGCUGAAGCUGGAGAAGGAAGUUUUGGAGCCUCUCAAUAAGCUCAGUGAGGAAGACCUUCCAGAGAUUCUCAAAAACAAGAAGCAGUUUGCAAAACUCACAAUGGACUGGCACAAUGCACUCAACAAGUCCCAGGCCAGUACGGGCCCUCAGGCAAAGCAGGACGGGCUGAAAGAAGAGGUGGAGGAGGCCUGGAGGAAACUGGAGAGCAUCAAGGACCAAUACUCUGCAGAUCUCUAUCACUUUGCCACUAAAGAACAGGCCUAUGCCAACUACUUCAUUCGUCUGCUGGAACUACAAGCAGAACAUCAUAAGAAUUCCCAUGACUUCCUGGAACAAUACAUCACUGAGCUAAAAGAAAGCCACAAUCAAACAGACUCCCAGAAGAACAACUCUAGGGGGAAGGUAUACGGGGAGCCCCUGCUGACUCACCUGUAUGACAGCGGUAGGGAGAUCGCUGUUCCCAUCCAGGAGUGUGUUCACAUGCUGCUGCACACCGGCAUGAGGGAGGAGGGUCUGUUUCGUCUGGCGGCAGCAGCCUCGGUAGUGAAGAGACUGAAGAGCAGUCUGGAUGGAGGAGUCAUGAACCACAGCGAGUUCACUGACCCUCAUGCAGUCGCAGGGGCUUUGAAAAGCUACCUGAGAGAGCUGCCUGAACCCCUCAUGACCUUUGAACUCUACAAUGAUUGGUUUCAAGCAGCAGGGGAGAAAGAAUUGACAGACAAACUUGAGCAGUUUAAAAUUGUGCUGAAGAAGUUACCAUCAGAAAACUACAACAACCUCCGGUAUCUGGUACAGUUCCUGUCAUGUCUGUCAGAGCAGCAGGCGGUUAACAGGAUGAGUCCCAGUAACAUUGCCAUAGUACUGGGUCCCAAUCUGUUGUGGCCUCACAUGGAGGGGGAGGCAGCGUUGUUGGACAUGGCGUCUGCCUCCUCUGUCCAGGUCGUGGCGGUGGUUGAGCCUCUCAUAAAAUACUCCAGCAGCCUGUUUCCAGAAGAGGUGGACUUUGAGAUUCCUGAACUUCCUGGGGUCUCAGAUUUGACCUUGUUAGAACCUGAACCCUCAGAGUCUGGGAAAGAGAACCUUGCCAGAACUACCUCCUCCCCUUCCUUAUGUUCUUCCUCUACCCCUUCUCAUCCUUCUCUCUGUAAAACAAUCAGCUCAGCGUCACAGAACAGUGGAGGUCUAUUCAUCUUCAAGUCAGGCUCCAUUGUUGAGAGAACCACCACCUGGGGGAACUCUGCCUCAGACCCACCUAGCUCAACCCCACUUACCCGUACCUCAGUCCAGACACAGAGCACAUUCCCCAUCUCAAGCCCAACACUGGUUCACAACACAUCCCCACUACCCAGCCCCAACCUGGCUCCUGGCCCAACCCUGGUUCCUUCCCCACUACCGGUGUCUGUAUGUAGUCCGACCCAGAAGCAGAGACCUGAAUCAGGAUCACUAGAACCCAUCUUAGAGGCCCCACCGGACUCCCCCAAAGCUAUACUGAAGAUCACCUUACCAUACAAACCGAGGAGUUCCUUCUUUCAACACAAGCGGUCCAUCCCGGGUAAAGAGCAGGUGGUCGCUACAUACUCCAGACCCAGGACCCCAGCACCUCCAGCCCCAGCAGAGGCAUCCAAAACCCAGCCACACCCUGCACCCAAGCCCCUAGCUCCGGUCCUGAAGAAGGCCCCAAACAAAAAGGGUGCAAUUAGACCCCCUCAAAUCCCACCACCCAAGCCCCCAGUACUGGUGAGCAAACAGGUGACCUCUAUAGCGCAGUGAUGAGGUAAAGAUAUAGAGUAUCAUCUAAGCCUGUGUAAAGAAGUUUUCUUAUGCUGUAGGUACAAAUGUAGACUGUAACCUGACAUUUGGUGUAACCUUGUUUGGGUUGCGUAUCAAGGCCAGAGAUGUAUUGGGCUUCUGCAGCCAGUUCCAAGUGCUUUGUAGCUUGAGCGCUACCAUACAGUUUCUUCCGAAAUUAUUCACACCCCUUGACUUUUUUCAUGUUGAGUUACAGCUUGAAUUUAAAAUAGAUUCCAUUUAGAUUUUUGUGUCACUGGCCUACACACAAUACCCCAUAAUGUCAAAGUGAAAUUAUGUUAUUCAAAAUUUGUACAAAUGAAUUACAAAUGAAAAGCUGAAAUGUCUCGAGUCAAUAAGUAUUCAACCCCUUUGGUAUGGCAAGCCUAAAUAAGUUCAGGAGUAAAAAUGUGCUUAACAAGUCACAUAAUAAGUUGCGUGGACUCACUAUGUGUGCAAUAAUAGUGUUUAACAUGAUUUUUGAAUGACUACCUCAUCUGUAAGGUGCCUCAGUCGAGCUGUGCAUUUCAAACACAGAUUCAACCACAAAGACCAGGGAGGUUUUCCUUUGCCUCACAAAGGACACCUAUUGGUAGAUACAGUAGGUUAAAAAAAAGCAGACAUGCCAAAGAUGCUUCUACAAAGUAUUGACUCGUAAACUUGUAAAUUCGAUAUUUCUGUAUUUAAUUUUCCAUACAUUUGCAAACAUUUCUAAAUUCACUUUGUCAUUAUGGUGUGUGUAGAUGGGUGAGAUUGUUGUGUCUGGAAUACAAGGGAUGUGAGUACUUUUUGAAGGCUCUGUAUAUGCAUUAUGUGUUGUGAUUCAUUUAGGGCUGUUUUCUAGUACAGUAUGUUUUCACACAUGUAAAUAAAGUAUUAAUGCUAAUUAAAAA